AUGCCAGACAUCUCGUCCCCUGUAGCUUACCCAGCGACGUCAUCUCCCACCCGAGAGUCACCGAGGAAGAGAAGGAGAAUUGAGGCGCCAAGGGGCCCAUUACAAGAUGCUCCGACCAAGCACAAUACCCAGACGGUGGGAGGAUUUCUUAUGGAGGAGAGUGACGAUGAGGAUGACCUUACGGCUAUGAUGACACUGAAGAGAAAAACUGUAACCAAUCUCGAUAUAACAGCAACACUUAAAGAAUCCGAAGUUGUUGUAGUGGAGGAGACCGGCACAGCCUGCCCCGAUAGCAACAUCGCAAAUGUAUUACCAGACGUGCAGCAACCAGAGGAAUACGAGCUACCCCAUGCUCCCUCGCCGAAUCCACCACGAGAGCCGCAAGAAUCGUCAGCUACCAGCAGUAGACCGCUCACUGUAAAGCUUUCUUCUGGCAAAACGUUCUACCUCUCAGAACGCCGAAUCGCUCCCACCACGACCUACGAACAGCUCAUAGCCUCUCGCUCCACCACUGCUCCCGGCCGAGUCCAAAAGAGCUACUACGGAAUCGACAUCCACCAGCUCAUGGAUGAUGCAGCUCGUGAGACCGAAGCCGCCAUUCAACUCAACCGGAAACAGCAAGCAGAAGCUCCUCAGCCAUCUGUCGAAGAACCCGCACCGACAAACAACAAGACUGGCAAGUCCAGUAAAACCCUUAUGUGGACUGAGAAGUACCGCGCUCGCAAAUUCACCGACCUCAUCGGCGACGAGCGCACGCAUCGCUCCGUCCUGCGCUGGCUCAAAGCCUGGGAUCCCAUCGUCUUUCCCGGCUUCGGCAAGCCGAAACCAAAAUCGAUGAGGCAAUCUGCCGCCGACGGGAACGAAGAACGCACGCACCGUAAGAUUCUGUUGCUGACUGGUCCACCUGGGUUGGGAAAGACAACUCUGGCCCACGUCUGCGCUAAGCAAGCUGGGUAUGAAGUUCAGGAAAUUAAUGCCAGUGACGAGAGAAGUAAGGACGUCGUCAAGGGCCGUAUUAGGGAUAUGGUCGGUACGGAGAACGUCCGCGGAGCCGAAACUAAGACUGCGAACGGCAAAGUCAGAAAGGCCGGUCGUCCUGUGUGUGUGGUUGUGGAUGAAGUUGACGGUGUAGUCAGCGGAAGUGGCGGGAGCGGUGAGGGAGGCUUUAUCAAGGCAUUGGUAGACCUUGUCAAUCUGGAUCAGAAGAAUUCGAGGGGUCUAGGCGAGCAGAACGAGACGUCGACAGGCAAGAAGAAAAGGAAGGGUGACAGAUUCCGCUUGCUGCGGCCCCUGAUCCUCAUCUGCAACGACGUAUACCACCCCUCGCUGAGGCCGCUGCGACAAAGCUCGAUCGCAGAGAUUAUACAUGUUCGCAAGCCGGCGCUGAACAUGGUGGUUUCGCGGAUAAAGUCGAUCUUCGAGAAAGAAGGCGUCCCCUGCGACGGCGACGGGGUCCGGCGACUCUGCGAAGCGGCCUGGGGCGUCAGCAGCCGCAAGGAAGGCGGCAGCGGCAGCGGAACGGGCGAAGGCGAUAUCAGGGGGAUUAUGGUCGUAGGCGAAUGGGUCGCCGGCAAGCUUCGGGCUACUUCCAACUCCGCUGUCUCCACCAACGUACGAUUGACGCGUGGGUGGGUUGAAGACCACGUGGUAAAUGACCUCUCUCACGGUGGAGGAGCGGCGCGGAGUCUGGGACGGGGAGGCGCGCGAGAAGUGGUAGAUCGCGUCUUUCGCGAAGGCGCUGGCUUCCCAAAGACUUCUUCGUUGACCGACUCUAAGGCGAGUCGUAUAGGGGGCACCGGCGUAGUAGGCGUAGCAGAAGCAAGUAAGCGUGUCGCCAUGGACCGACUCCGCGAGAUGGUCGACACGAGCGGCGAGUCAGACAGGAUCAUGACCGACUGCUUCACGUCCUACCCCCUCAAACCCUUCCAAGACGACACCCUCCUAACCAAACCCACCACCGCGCAUGACUGGCUCCACUUCCACGACGCGCUCUCCUCCGCCGUCCACGGCAGCCAGGAAUGGGAACUCGCGCCCUACCUCUCCAGCUCCGUCCUCGCCUUCCACCACCUCUUCGCCUCGCCCGCCUCGCAACACGGCGCCUCUGUCACCGGCGCCUUCAACAGCACGGCUUCCAAGUUUGGCGUUGCUGCUGACGAUGGCGAUGGUAGUGGAGAGGCUGAGUGCCACCCUCUGGCCGGACCGGGAGCAAGCUUUGCCGCGACAGAGGCACUCAAAGCGAACCGCGCUCUUCUGCAGAGUCUGCAGCCGACGCUGUCGCUCCCGCUGGCACGGAUGUACAGGAGCGCCGCGGACGUGGCGUCGGAGCUCGUGCCCUGGGUGCUGCGCAUGCUGGCGCCGGACGUGAAGCCCGUGGCAGUGAACACGGCCUCCGCUUCCGCGUCCGCAGCUGCGGAAAAGUCCAAGUUCAACAACAUCGCCACCGCCUCUGUCCGCCGCGCAGCCGAGAAGGCGCUGGUGGCACGCGCCGUGAACGCGAUGGCGGCGACGGGGGUGCGCUUCGAGAAGACGAAGGUGGACGGUGGACACCAUGAGGGCGGGAGGCCGUAUCAGCCGCAGAAUAGUGCGCAGUGGGUCUAUCGCAUGGAGCCGCCGCUGGAAGAGCUGGGGAGUUUCGGGACCAUGACGGGGGCGAAGAGCCAGGCGGCAGUGCGGUAUGGCGUCAGGCAGGUGCUGGAGGCGGAGUGGAGAAGGGAGGAGGGGCGGAGGGGGGAGGCUGUCAGGAGGGCUAGGAUGGGUGGACGGGGAGAUGGAGCCGAGGAUGUCGGAGAUGGUGCAGAUGGCUCGAGUAAGGGCACUGAGAAGAACGCGGAGGGAAAGAUGGACGCCGUACCGAGGGGAAAGGGCGUCAAGAGGGAUUUCUUUGGGAGAGUCAUACAGCCUCUGGGAACAGAGCCUGCGGGCACAGAGGCCGGCGAGGGCGAUAGCACGAGAAAGAGGAGGAAGCCAGCCGACGAGGACGCAAGUCAAGGAAGGGUAUGGGUAAGCUUCAAUGAAGGCUUCUCUAACGCGGUCAGGAAGCCUGUCACGCUUGCCGAACUGAUGGCGGGUUUGUAA